AUGGCCGAGUACGAGGCAUUGCUGCAUGGCAUGCGCAUCGCAAAGAAAAUGGGCGCAACACGCUUACGUUUCCUCGGCGACUCUGACCUCGUCGCCAGCCAAACAUCCGGCACCUGCGACGCCACCGACGCCAACAUGAUCGCCUACAAGCGCAAGAACGAGGAGGCAGACGCUUUGGCCAGGCUAGGGUCCAAGCAACUGCCACCUCCUCCAGGCGUCUUCCUCGACAUCCUCACCCACUCGUCGGUGCGCGUGCCUCGAGAAAUUGACAUCGCCGAGCCACCCGCACCCGACUCCGCGCUAGUCGCAGUCGUCUCUGAUGCUGCAAGAUGGACAGAACCAUACCUGAACUUCCUCGAGCGGCAAGUCCUGCCGAUGGAUGAAGCUGAAGCACGCAUGGUCGCGCGCCACUGCAAGUCCUUCACCAUCAUCAACAAUGAGCUCUACAAGCGCAGCAUCUCCGGAGUGUUCCAGCGAUGCGUCACCCCAGUAGAAGGCCGCAAAAUCCUACGCGACAUCCACGCAGGGGACUGCGGAUAUCACGCGGGCGUACGCUCAAUCGUGGCCAAAGCCCUUCGACACGGCUUCUACUGGCCUACGGCUCACUCUGACGCAGUCGACCUCGUUCGUGCAUGCGCGGGGUGCCAGAAGUACGCGAGUCAAUCGCACAUGCCGGGCUCGGCACUAAAGACCAUACCCCUCACCUGGCCAUUCGCCGUCUGGGGCAUGGACAUGGUGGGGAAGUUCAAGACAGGCCCCGGCGGGUAG